UAACACAGUGUCCAAAGAAGGGCCAGAAGUAUACAGAAUGGUGUCGUCUGCAUAGAGGUGGAUAAGAGACUCACCAGCAGCAAGAGCGACAUCAUUGAUGUAUACAGAGAAGACAGUCGGCCUGAAAAUUGAACCUUAACCUUAAAGGCUCCUUAACACCUUCUACCCCCAGGCAAUAAGACUGCUGAACAAUUAAUCAAAUGGCCACCGGACUGUUAUAUUGACACCCCCCCCUACCGAUCCUCGACUUCGGCGAUGUCAUUUACAAAAUAGCCUCCAAUACGUUACUCAAUAAAUUGGAUGCAGUCUAUCACAGUGCCAUCUGUUUUGUCACUAAAGCCCCAUAUACUACCCACCACUGGCCAGCUGACAUGUGAUGUGCCGUCGUGUCUCCUGAGGUUAUGGAUUAUGAUCCAAACUAAGCACUGACAUCACACAAACCAGUUAGUCUGCACAGUUAUCCUAUUUCCCAUGGAAAAUAGCCUUUGAGUGACCAAAACAUCACCCAUACUAUAUUUCCCCCUUUAAAAUGCUCAGUUGAGAAAAUGUACCUUUUCUCUAACUAUCAGUAAGGCUGAAGGACAGGCAAGGUGCGCAGAGAAACUUCCAAUCCUGUCACACAUUACAUCAUGCUUUCACAAAUUAUUUAUUUAACCAACCAUUAUUUUAUGUGUGUGUGUGUGUGUGUGUGUGUGUGUGUGUGUGUGUGUGUGUGUGUGUGUGUGUGUGUGUGUGUGGAGAGAGAGAGAGACACUGGGGAGGGGAGUGUUUGUCAGUGAAUCAGGGAUAAAUAGAGAGGCAGAGCUCAGAGUUUGUCAGAAGGCGGACCUGGCAGGGUCACACACAGGACCAAGAAGGAGCAGGACCUCAGCAUUUGAACCUUUAUUACAAAUGGAGACACAUGAAGAUAUUCAAUACUGUUUUCAAGACGGAAACUCUUCUUGCAGAAAGGCUUUGCUGUCGACAUCUAUCUACAUCACACUGUACAUCUUCUUUUCAUUGAUUUCAGCAGUUACAGUAUUUUUGAACAUACUGGUGAUCAUCUCCAUCUCUCACUUCAAGCAGCUCCACACUCCAACCAACCUGCUCAUCCUCUCUCUGGCUGUGUCAGAUCUCCUGGUGGGAUUGAUUGUGAUACCAGUAAUGACUGUAGCAAUAAUGGAAUCGUGCUGGGGUUUUGGGGAAUAUUUCUGUGUGUUUUAUUUCUACAUCAGUUGUUUAUGUGCUUCUUUAUCUCUGGGCAAUUUGGUCUUGAUAUCUAUUGACCGCUAUGUUGCUGUGUGUGAUCCCUUAUUGUACCACUCUAAAAUAACAAUAACAAGAAUGAUGUGUUGUAUAUCAAUUACCUGGUGUUGUUGUAUCAUAUAUUAUGCUGCUAUCAUAAAAAUAUUUGUAAAUGUACAGGUACCCAGUAAAUGUUUGAAAGAAUGUUUUAUUGUUGAAGGAGUAACCUGGGGUAUUGUAAUUGACCUUUUAAUUACAAUGGUUGUCCCGUGCUCUAUUAUUAUAACACUUUAUUUGAAAAUCUUUGUCGUGGCCACAUCACAGGCCAGAAAGGUAUUUUCAAAAGAGGCUGCCAGUGUGUCUAGUGUUAAAACUGUACAGGCAAAUAAGUCUGAGAGGAAAGCAACAAAAACUCUAGCUAUUGUUGUUUUCACCUAUCUAAGCUGUUGGAUUCCAUUUCAUUUGUAUUUAAUUUUUAUUGUAAUUGACAAUUUAUCGUCAUUCAUCAUCAGCUUUUUGCCACUUCUUAAUUCCUUAAUUAAUCCAAUAAUUUACUCUUUCUUUUAUCCAUGGUUCAAAGUGACAGCUAAGCGUAUUUUAACUCGUUUGAAGUUAAGGCAUUCAUAGUUCCUAUGUUUUUAUUCAUAAGUUUGACAAACACAGGUUAGAUAUAGUCAUGUUAUACUGCUAUGUUGUAACUGCCUCAUUCAUGUAACAAUACGCUGAUAUUACUUAUCUCUGUGUUGUCAUAAUAGAUGUGAUACAUGUGAUGUUGAUAGAGAAUGAUUUGACUGGAUUGGCAAGGAAUGACUUGGAGAAGGCAUAAGAGGGCAUUAGCUUGUUUUGUUAAAGACAUUGUAAUAAAUUUGGGGUGUAUAUUCCAAAUGCCAAAGUCUCUGGUUGAUGCAUGUUAUUUAAUGAAAAACGGUAUGUAAGAUUUCUGAAAGUACAUUUUGAGGACGUCAUGGAUCAUUCCAUACGUUCUUUAACAUCACCCUCUAGUAAGUCAUAUAAUUGAGUGUAGUCUGGCCCAGGAAUGUGAAAGUGAAUGGAAAGGAUCUGUAGCAACAAACCGCCCUUGCUGUCUCUGCCUGGCCCGUUGCACUCUCUCCACUGGGAUUCUCUUCCUCUAACCCAUUACAGGGGCUGGGUCACUGGCUUACUGUUGCUCUUCCAUGCAGUCCCUAGGAGGGG